AUGGGCCCACCAUCCCCUGAUCUUUUGCACACCCCUCAGACUCUCGCCGAAAAAUUGCGGGAGCCGAAGAGAUGGCAGUAUUCCUCCUACCAGGACUGCGCCACCGUCCAGGAUGCCGUCGCCAACGAAACCGUGGCUGUGAAAAGGACACUGUUGGAUCAGCAAGCCAUCCAUGAAGUGGAUAUGCUCAGACUCCUGGAACACCCGAACAUAUUACCUUUGCACGAGGCUAUCAUUGAGACGGAUCACCUUUUCAUGGUGAUGCCUCUCUGCGAUGAGGAUCUCAACGCAUUUCUGCGGCGAGAGGGACCGAGAAGCCAGCCGUCCCGGUUCUUCUGGGUGAUGAGGCAACUGGCAGCAGCCUUGACGGAGUGUCACCGCCAACGGAUUUUGGGUUGA